AUGGGGAGUCAGGAGGCUGAGGUGGAUCUCUUAAACGAGACUGACUUGUACAAGAUCCUUGGGGUACCUAGAGGUGCGAAGCCCGAUGAGCUAAAGAAGGCUUACCGGCAGAAGUCGUUGAGAUACCACCCGGACAAGAACUCCUCGCCCGAUGCAAAGCCGAUUUUUCAGAAGAUCACGGAGGCGUACUCCAUCUUGUCUGAUGACAAGAAGCGCUUAAAGUAUGAUAAGUCGGGUGAUAUGGACCUAGAGGACUUCGACAUGGACCAGUUCAUGAACAUGUGGGUCGGGGAGAUGAUGGAGGAUGGCGGCGUUGUGGACGAUAUGAUGCAAUCCGUCCUUCCCUGGAGCAACGAUGAGGAAAAGAUGCUGCAGUUUAUGGAAGAGAGUGUAGCGCCCAGUGGCGGCAAGCUGCAGUGCAAGCUUUGCCAGCACGUGGGCUCCAGCAAGCGGCUAAUGCUGGCGCACUUCGAGAAGAAACAUCAGUAUGACUGCGAGGAGUGGGCAAAAGAGACCCUCAAGGGCAUGAAAGCGUCCUUUGAAUCCUUCAUGAAGCAGGUGACUGGCAUUGGCGAUUCCACUGGGGAAUUUGUGAUGCCAGAUGGCAGCAAAGCAGACAUGUCCAAGGUGCCGGGUGUGCCGGACAUCCGUGCGCACAUGCAGAAACGGGUGGACAAGGCCAAGGAGCUGGAUCAAGCCCUGGAGUUGUACCGCGUACUUUCACAGGAGGCUCCCGAUGGCGCAGCCGAAGCUGGUGCUGUGAAGCCGCUGGCGGUUGAUGCCAAGAGGGUCUCCGAGGUGCUGGGCAUCAGUAUGGAGCAGUCAGAGAAGCUGAUGGGUGACAGGCCCCGGCUCCUGCGCCGUGUGAAGCUGCGCAUUGACGACCUCAAUGAGGAAGAAGAUGAAGAGGAGCUGCUGAAUUCCUUGGGUGGAUUUGGCGAAGGACCCGGCCUGAUGGGUGGCCUUGGGGGCGACCUCGAGGGCUUGCAGGACUUGCUGGGCGGCGGCGGCCUUGGAGGGCUGCAGGAUCUGUUGGGCGGCAUGGGCGGCAUGGGCGGCAUGGGCGGCAUGGGCGGUAUGGACCCGGACUUGGCUGGGCUCAUGAGGCACUUGGCUGCCAACGGGGUCGGUGAGCCGCCCUUUUUCGAGGAGGAUGCCGGCUACAGCCAAGCCAGGAGGCCGAACGGCCCCACGCGGCCCGUCGACGACGAUAUUGAGCUGGGGUGCAUUUGCGGCUACACCUGUGGCACAGAGAAGGAUGAAGCGAUGGGCAAGGCGGUGCAGGUGAGUCUUGGCUCGAAGCUUUGGGACGCAGACCCUGACCUCAUGGGCGGCACGGCCCACGCCACGCUCCUCUUCUGCUACCAGGACGCACUUGAGCGGGAGAAGGCCGGCCUGCCGCCAAAGGCCUUACCGCCGCCGCGAGCGGGCGGCAUGGGCCCAACGCUGAAGGUGAAGGCGGAGGAGUCCCAGCUGGUCACAGCCAAAGACGUGCUGCAGCUGGUCACGGACAAGCAGGACCGGAUGAUGGCUGAGCUGUCGGAGGUGAAGCGCCUGCUUCUGCGCCGGGACGCGGAGCUGCAGGCUCUCCACCACGAAGUGGGAACUUUGCUUCGGGGAGGUGAUUGGCACACACUGUCCACUGUUUCUGCUGGCCUACGGUCUAUGGAUUUCGGCACACCUUGGCCACAAGCAUCCCCAGCGACCACCCGGCAAGACGCCUUUGUGGAGCGGCCGAGCCCCAUUCCGGAGCAGCGCAGUCCUGCAGCCAACAUCUCCGUUGAGGGCUGGCGCUCUGCGUCCUGGACUCCCACGGUUGCAGAUCGAGUCGAGAAUUCGAUCGCUUCGCAAACCUCGCUGGCUCGCUCGCCGGACACGGGGCCUGGCAGGGAUCCGGCAGCUGAGGUCUGGGAGUCCUACAAGGCGCAAGCGCCUCGCCAAGCGCAAGCGUGCCAAGCCCAAGCGCCCACCCAGCUGAACCCGAGUGCCUCUCCAGGCAGCGAUCCGCGCCCAUGGAACCGAGAGGAGGCGCUGAAGCCGAAGGUCAAGCGAAAGCAGAAGCCGCCGCCAGAGCCAUGGAGGUGUUGCUGCUGA